AAGCGCAUUGUCGUAUUUACUAUUUACUCAGAGACAGAGAGAGGGGGGAGAAACGGAAUUUCCGGAAAAUUUUCACGCCAGCCAAACACUCCGCCACCGGGAACGUGAGAGAAAGAAGGGGAAAAAAGAAAAAUGGAAGCGAACACAAGCCGAGCGGAGGCGGAGCGGCUGUUGGGAGUGGCGGAGAAGCUUCUCCAGAACCGAGAUCUGAAUGGAUCACGCGACUUCGCCGUCUUAGCCCAAGAAACGGAGCCCCUCCUCGACGGCUCCGACCAGAUCCUCGCCGUCGUGGACGUCCUCCUCGCCGCCGAGAGGCGCAUCAACGACCACCACGACUGGUACGGCAUCCUUCAGGUCGAUUCCCGCUCCAAUGACCAGGAUAUCAUCAAGCGGCAGUACCGCCGCCUGGCCCUCCUCCUCCACCCGGACAAGAACAAGUUCGCCUUCGCCGACCAGGCCUUCAGGCUCGUCGCUCAGGCUUGGGCCGUUCUCUCCGAUGUCGUCAAGAAGCCUCUCUACGAUAACGAACUCAACCUCUUCUCCAAGAUCGACCUCACAACGACGGCGACGACCACCGCCGCCUCCUCGUCUCUGCAGAACAAGCUUCCCGUCCGGAGGACGACCCAGGCUCCGGAGGCAUCGGCGGCGGCUAGGAGUGGAAAUUCAGCCAGAAAUGAGGGGUCGAGGUUGCAGAGCUUCUGGACGGUGUGUCCGUACUGUUAUGUGCUGUACGAGUAUCCUAGGGUUUACGAGGAUUGCUGCUUGAAGUGCCAGAAAUGCCAGAAGGCCUUCCACGCUGCGGUUAUUCCCUCGAUGCCGCCGAUGGUUCCCGGCCAGGACGCGUACUAUUGCUGCUGGGCGUUUUUCCCGCUAGGGUUUGUUUUGGGGAAUUCGGAGAACGGCGACGGCGGAGGAGGGAAGAGUUCGGGUCCGGUGCCGGCGGCGCCAGGGUUUCCCAAUUGGAUGCCGCCGAUGUUUCAAGCUGCGGAGAACGAGAUCCGUAAGCGGGGAAAGGCGGCGGCUAGGGUGAGAAAUACGGGUGCGGGCGAAACUCCGGCUCCUAGGAAGAGGGGAAGACCUCGUUUGUACUCUUGAAUUUUAGGCACUAAAGCCAAUUUAGAAGUUGGAGAUGGGAAAGUUUUGGUUUUUGAUGAUAGUUUAACUGAAGCUGAGGAAAAGGUGCUUUUUUCAUGGGAAGAAAAAUAUGUUGAUCAUGGUGGGCGAUGAUGAGAUCAUACAAAAAAGCGUGGAAGGUAUUGUUGUAGAAUUGUAGUACAUUUGUGAUUGUGUUGUAGCUGUUGUUGUUGGUUGUUGAUAUGUAGUUUUUAUAAAUUAUAAUCGAGGAUUUCUUCAACCA